AUGUUGCUUCUGCCGGAAAUCGUGCUCAGAAAUCUCAGACGAGUCUUCCUGCUCGUUGACUCCCGUUGGGGGUUGAAGUCGAGCGAUCUUUGUCUACUGUCUUUCUUCGAGCGCCACCGCGUCCCCUAUCAGAUCGUACUGACAAAGGCUGACCUGCCUGAGCAAAAGUCUCUCAUAAAAGUGACAGAAGAAGUCAAGAAAUUUAAAGGAUGCGUGGGCCCCCCCUUGGCAGUUAGUGCUCUUCGCCACAGGGGCCUCAACCCUCUUCGUGCAGAAGUUGAGAAGUUACAGCUUUCUAAGGAAUUCGUCAUUGGCCGGCUUCGACUUCAGGCAAGCAGAGAACAGAGCAGUGCGCACAACCAUUUCCUUACAAGCCUAGCUUUCUUCCUAUCUUGCGAAGCAGCAAAUUUGGUAGAGGCGCGUCGUCUGAAGAAGGAAGCGCGCAAAAGGAGAAAUGACCUGAGCAAGCCCUUCAUUGCUGAAGAUACACAGAAGGCAGCGUCAAGGCCGGUGAAGUCCACAGCAGCACAGGUUCCUCACACGCAGCAGGAACAGCUGGAAGGCGCACAGACUACGGAGAGCCCCGUGGCGAGAGCUGUGGAACGAUGGGGCUCGCUUCUGAGUGAAGAUGUCAUGAAAGGGAGGAAUGUUACGAGUAUUAUCAGCGCCUUUGGUGAUGCGUCCCUCAUGGGAAGUGCAAAUGGUGAUGUCACGGAAGAUACGGCUGAUGGGGAUGCAGUGAGCGAGCCACCCACACCUGUAUCCGACCCUCUGUACGCCGAAACUGCGGCAGAUCAAGCGCCUGGAAUCGAACAUCAUACGAGGGAGAUUCGAAGAGCUACGGACAACGAAUCGCUGAGCCCUUCGCUCGCCGCCGCAGUAGACAGGGCAGCAGGGGCGCUACCGCUGUCUGGUUUGGCAUGCGCAGAAGCGCUUAUAAGCGAUUUACUGCCGGAUCCUUCGCUCAUAUUUUCGCGUGUAGAAGGACGUUUGAAACGGCAUGCAGUGAGUGGCAAAGAGUCAGUGUCCGGUGUGUUUUCCAAUGGAAAGACGACCGAAGGCGAUGGGCAAGUUCUGGCGACUCGAGGGGGCUUGCCUUUACCUCCUCAGAGCGUCUGCAUCACCGUGGAGCCGAAUAUUUCGACCUGGACUAGCUCGGUUUAUCAUGAGGUCCGCUUUGGAAGGUCACAGGACGUUGCCGCUGAUUCUCAUGCUAGCAUGGAGAGUAAGAAGUCUCGAACAUUUACCCUAAAGGGCUGCGACGACUGCGAUCCUUCCCUAAGGCCUCCUCGGUCGGUUUUGUCAUCUGCAGUCCCUCCUCUUGGUCCAAACCAUGCACAAGAGAAUCUUCAGGAGUCCAAGGAAAAUAGCAUCACCACGACAGUAGAGCAUCACGAUAGUCAUCAUUUGAAACCAGCGGGCAAGCGGUUGCUGGACCUGCUGCACGACAGUGAUUGGCGCACGCGUCGCCUCAGUCGCAUUGCUGCGGAAAUCGAUAUGGGGCUCUGCAGAGAUCAGGAAGCGGAAAUCAGCGUUUCUAGUCCUCAUUUCGCUCCAAUUGACAGUGGUAACAGGAGACAUACACCAGCACAUCUUUGCCCGCCACAAGGCAACCCAACAAAAGCAACAGCAACCGAAGAAAGACCACGCGCCUUCCCAGAUUUAGGGGCUGUUGUAAGCGCCCAAGAACAGCAACAGGGAUGUCGAAAGCAGCACAAUGCUAGCAUGAACGAACGUAUUUGGUCAAGGCAGUGGCAAUCCAGGGGCCGGUUAGGAGCCGCAGCUGUGCUAGAUUCAGAGUCUCUUGCAGCAGAGGCACUUGGACAAAGCACAGCGCAGUUAAAAGGUCGCACUGAGUGCCCUCCGGACCCAUCAAACUAUAAGGGAAUCUACGAACUUGACAUGAACCGCUGCUAUAACAAGAAAUGGCGUUGCGAACUUGUUCCAAUAGGAGACGCUCCUCAAUAUGAAAAACUGAAUGCCGACCAAAGACAACGGCAACAAAAUAAAGGAGAUGGUCAUACAAACACCACAGGGCGUAAGAAAGUUUUCCGCAUCCCAGAUGACUACAUAACUACUCGCGAGGACAGGUGCAAGGCAGUUACAAGCAGGCUGGCCCUUGAAAUCCGCUUACAGAGAGCUGAAUCCCACAGGUCGUCGGAUACUCUCAAACCGCACGAGGAAGGGAAUCGAAGCGCUGCUGCUUCGGUCUUGUCUGCGGCUCAACGGCGUCAGGAAGGUCGGUUGAAGGAGCUUGCAUCAGAUGCCAUCAGGAGGAGGAAAGGCCGUUCUAAAGAAAUGUCGUGGGAUGCCGCCUACAAGAAGUGGACCCGUUGGGCAAGAGCUAAUCCAGGCCUCGCCAGGCGCAAAAUGGAGAAAGCAAACAUGAGACGCACUAAGGAGCUCAAGAGAAACUCUGCUGUUAACUUAGUCAGCAGCAAGGAUCAGAAGUAA